AUGCGUGACAACGUCCCCGUAAAGUACCUUCCACUGGCACUGUGUUCCGGGCGUGCAGGGCCGGCGUCGUCAGCAUCUUACACCGGCCCGUAUUACGGUAAGAUACGCCGUAAACACUCGUUUCGUAAGGCUGAAGGCGGGUCUCGGUUAUUCUUAGCCAGCCAAUCGCCAGACGCCGGAUCGCGUGGUCGCCGCUGGUUGGCUGUGUCCGUUUCAAGCCCCACGGCCCUUUUUGGGAGCUGCACCGCCUCACGAGCAAACUCCAAUUCCGACCAGGAACAAAGAGCUUCAGGCACCGUGCUUCAAUUGCAGGACUCGCAAGCCAUCCCGCUGCUAAAGGCUGGGUUUUAUCAGCUUAGCUACGGGCUCUUUCUCCAGGAAGGGCGCAACGCCUAA